AUCACAGCUACCCUGCGACAAUUCCAAUUGUACAAAAUGGCAUCGCGAUCGCCGGAACCGAGUGCGGCCGAUAGUGAGAUGAAACAAGAGGUCAAACAAGAGGAUGCUGCGGCCACUGAGAACAAUGCGACAACUGGUUCAUCUCCUCCUGCGACAACCAGUGCUGGUGAAGGGCUCAGCAAGAAGGACUUUGAGCUUAUGACCAAUAUCUUAGCUCGCAUAUCGAAUUACAGAGAUAAGGAUGGCCAUGAUAUUGCGAAAGACUUUCAGCGCAUCGUGAGUAGAAGAGCUCUACCCGAUUACUUUGAUGUUAUCAAGGAGCCUAUUGCUUUGAGUACACUUAGACAAAAAAUCGGCAAGAAGCAGUACUCUAGCUACAAGGACUGGAUUCGAGAUCUCUUCCUCAUUCCCUUCAAUGCCCAAACCUACAAUCGUCGAUCUGCCCCUGUCUAUGGUGAUUCUAUAAUACUCGCGGACCUGUUCAGAGCCGAAUUGAAGAAGCUUGUCGAUGACCAAGUGAUAAGUGCGGAGGAAGCUCAAGAACCAGACCUUGGUCCAAUUCCUGAGCAAGAAGAUUCCCCACCUCCUAACCCAGAAGAUGAAGAGUUAGAAGAGGACGACGAAGAAGAGGACGAGGAUGAGGAAGAUGAUGAUACGGACGACGAUCGCCCAAGACGUCGGAAGAAGGGUCGUCGAUCAUCUACAACCGCCAAGCGAGAAGGAAAGACUGAUGAUGGAGGCAAGGAUGAUCCGGAGUCUCAAAAGAAGCGUGGCCGACCACCUAAGGUUCAUACACCAAUGGAGGCUCGCAUCAACACGCUUUUGAAGGGCUUGAGGAAGUUUAAGCACCCUAAAGGCGACCUUAAGAUUCUCCCAUUUGAGAAGCUCCCUGACAAAUCCGUCAUGCCAGAAUAUUAUCAAGAGAUCAAGAAUCCUAUUGCGAUGGACUUGAUCAAGCGAAAGGCCAAGAGGAAGAAGUACCACUCCGUUGAUCAAGCACUUAAAGACCUAGAGCUUAUGUUCGAGAACGCUAAAGUGUACAAUCUGGAAACAAGCCAGGUCUAUAAGGAUGCCGUAGAACUUCAGAAGGAGGCGAGAAUUCUUGCUGAACAGGAGAAGAAGAAGCCAGAUAGUGAUUUCGUGGAUGAGGAUGGCAGACUUCCCCUACCCGAAAUUCUCUACAAAGGAGAAAUCUGGAAGGUUGGAGAUUGGAUCCACCUGACGAAUCACAACGAUAUGACGAAACCCAUCGUGGCCCAGAUCUAUCGGACAUGGCAGGACCCUGAAGGACAAAAGUGGAUUAAUGCUUGCUGGUAUUAUCGUCCGGAACAGACAGUGCACAGAUACGAAAAGCACUUCUUCGAAAACGAGGUUGUAAAGACUGGCCAAUAUCGAGAUCAUAAAAUUGAAGAGGUUGUCGAUCGAUGUUUUGUCAUGUUCUUCACACGAUAUAACAAAGGUCGUCCCCGAGGCUUUCCAGCCGAUAAGGAGGUCUACGUCUGCGAAGCCCGCUACAACGAGGAAAAGUUCAAGCUGAACAAGAUCAAGACUUGGGCAAGCUGUGUUCCGGAUGAGGUGAGAGAGAAGGACUACGAAAUGGAUCUCUUUGAUGCUCCUCGAAAGAUGAGAAAAGUUCCGAGCCCCAUCAAACACCUGCUCCGUGAAGAUGCGAAAGAGGAUGAUCCACUUCCAAGACCAACCUGGGGAGUUGCAAAUGCACCACCGAUCGUCGGAGCUGUUCACAAGCGGCCGCGGGAAGCUAAUGAAUCUCCUCCUCCAGAACCAACUCCUUCACCUCCUCCUCCAUCGCCCGAGCCAGUCCGUCGUCCAAUCAUGAGCGAACAGCGUCGUUAUGAUAGUCAAAACGACGUUUCGAUGUCUGGUACUACAGGUCAUGUCACCCCUUCGCCUUCACCUAUGCCAAGCACUGUCGGUCAGAGUGCAUACGGCCAGCAAUUUGCAGCACCCCGUCCCUCGCCAUCGCCUGCUCCUCUGAAUCAUCAAACUUCAUAUGGAUCUCAUUCGUCCGGAUCGCACGCUGCAACCCCUCAAACAGCUCUAUAUCAAUCACGAGAUCCGUACAGCCAAUAUACUUCUGCCACUACUCCUGUAGCGCAAACACACUCUGCUGCCUUGCAAAGUUUCGCGCAUGCACAGUAUCAAAGUCAUACUGCUCCACGCCCAGUAGCUGUGACAACAGGCUCUCACUCUAGUCACACGAAUGCCUACAAUCCACCGCGACCUGCCGAAGUUUGGACUUUACCUGAAAACGCAAACAACGCCAUUGCCCCAGAGAUCCGAGCUCAAUUUCAUACCGAUGAAUAUGGAAAAAUUAUCUUCUACACAGCUCCUCCUCUUGAUGUCAAUCCUGUUCCCGUUGAGACACAAACUCUCGGACACAGCUUGCGAUAUCUGGCCGACAAGGCACGAAAUAAGGAAGCUGACGCGAAGAAGCGCAAGGCUAGAGAACUUGAAAUGGAAAGUGAAGCGAUCGAGACUUCCAAGCGUGUGAAGGUCGAGAUGGAAAGUGAGCGCCAGUCAAUGAUCAAGAAGAAUUUGAAUGCAGUCAAGACCUGGUCUCAAACUAUGGAUGCUGGGACCGACGAGCUGUACAAGCAAAUGAAUGGCGAAGAUUGGAAGGAAGUCCGAGACCUUGAUCAGGCACGUUUAGCUGUUCUACAACAACAGGCAACUACAACGGAGAAGGAGAACCGGAAAUACCAGAAUGAGCGAAUUGCCGAGAAAGAGAUGAAGAUCAGUGGCAAGAAUCUCUAGGCAACUGCAAGAUUCUGCGCCUUUGUAUUUUAUUUGUAAGACUACAGUCUAUGGCUGGCGCGUCUGGAGUUCGGAGCGUCGGGAGGAAGAUUGAGGCUACAUACCAAGCAUUCUUCGAUCGACUUACAUUAAAAGUCUGCUAGCCCAUCAAUGAAUUUGC